CGCACCGCACAGUUCACUUAGGCCGCGCAACCUCCGUGGCCGUCCCCCCGGCGCGCAGAUGCGAGUAUUCUUGCGGCGCCGGAAGUCAAAGGCACGUGACCGGGUGACAGCCCUCUCUAGGUUGCCGGGCUCGCUUUAGGUGUUGGCACGGGAUGGCGGAGGCGCCUCCUGUCUCAGGUACUUUUAAAUUCAAUACGGAUGCUGCUGAGUUUAUUCCUCAGGAGAGAAAAAAUUCUGGUCUAAAUUGUGGGAGUCAAAGGAGACUAGAUUCUAAUAGGAUUGAUAGAAGAAAUUAUAGUUCACCACCUCCCUGUCACCUUUCCAGGCAAGUCCCUUAUGAUGACAUCUCUGCUGUUCAUCAGCACAGUUAUCCUUUGGGAGGCAAACCUAAAAGUCAACAGAUUUCUUUUCAGUCCUCUGCUUCUAACAAAUCACUCAAGAGCCAUGGCCUUCAGAAUCAACCUUGGCAGAAAUUGAGGAGUGAAAAGCAGCAUAUCAAAGUCAAGAAAGUACAGAAUCUCACUGACCAGACCUCAGAUGCAGCUGGCUUAGAAAGUGUGGCAAGGUCAGAGAGUGGGACAAACCCCAGAGAACACAGCCCUUCUGAGAAUGAGAAGGAAAUUGUUGGUGCAGAUCCCAGGGGAGCAAAACCCAAAAAAGCAGCCCAGUUUGUGUACAGCUAUGGUAGAGGACCAAAAGUCAAGGGAAAACUCAAAUGUGAGUGGGGUAACAGAAUGACUCCAAAAUCUGAGGAUGCUGGACCUGAAAAUACCAAACCUGUGGGGGUUAUCCACCCUGACUCUUUGGAUACAUCCUUUAAGAAAGGAGUAUUGGAUGGGUAUGCGGCCAAACGCAAUGAGCAAAGAAGAUACCCACAGAAAAGGCCUCCCUGGGAAGUGGAAGGGGCCAGGCCACGACCAGGCAGGAAUCCACCAAAACAAGAGGGCCAACGACAUACAAAUGCUGGGCCCAGAAACAACAUGGCCCCCAUUCCAAAGGAUAAUCCUAAUGAAAGACCAGCAAAAUCUGCCUGUGACAAUGGGAACUUGGCAGUCGUCAACAAGUCUUCCAGAAGGGUUGACCCAGAGAAAUGUGCUGUAAGGAGGCAGGAGCCUCAAGUAACAUCUUUCCCCCGAGGCAAACAGAACCACGUGCUAAAGAAUGUGGAAACACACACAGGUAAAUCUACCUAGAGGGUAGAAGUGUUUUGU